AUGAAAAAUCGUCUUCGACGUAAAGAUUCUACUGUCAGUCAAAACAUUAUCGCUUAUAGAACACUUUCAAUCACGGUUUCCGAAAGUCAGGCUAAAGGUGCAAAGCAUACCAAAAAGACUUCAAAGGAUUUGGUAGAUGAUUUGACCGAUUCGUUUUACCACAAGAUUUCUUUACCAGAUUUAACUCUUCAAUAUAGAACAAGUAUUGAACAAGGUCUCGACACCGAUCAAGCAGUGGCUCGUGUUGCAGAAUACGGUAAAAACGCAAUUUCUCCUCCUCCCAGUAACUGGGCAAGAAAAAUCUUUGGUUAUUUUUUCGGUGGCUUCUGUGGUUUACUUUGGUUUGCUAGUAUCAUUUGUUAUAUCUCUUGGAAGCCCUUGGGUAACCCUGCUCCUGCUCCUCUCAAUUUAGCCCUGGCUGUUAUUCUCAUGUGUGUUGUUUUCGUUCAAGCCUUCUUCACCGCUUGGCAAGAUUGGUCCACGAGUCGUGUCAUGAACUCCAUUAACAAUAUGCUCCCCACCCAAACGUUAGUCAUGCGUGACGGAAAGACUGUCACAAUUGAUGCUGCUCAUUUAGUCCCUGGUGAUAUUGUUCAUAUCAGAAUGGGUAAUAAGAUUCCUGCCGAUUUACGUCUGGUUGAGGUCUCGGAUGAUUUGAAAUUUGAUCGCUCUGUUCUCACUGGUGAGUCUGAUGCUAUUCCUGGUACUGUAGAAGCUACCGAUGAUAAUGUUUUGGAAACUCAUAACGUUGCCAUGAUGGGUACUCAUUGUUUGAACGGUUCUGCUGUUGGUGUGGUUGUCUCUAUUGGUGACAAGACACUUAUGGGUAGAAUUGCUCGUUUGUCUUUGGCUGAUCCUAAUACUCGCACAACGCUUCAAGUUGAGAUUUUGAGAUUUGUUAUUAUCAUUGCUGUCUUGUCUAUUUCCGUUGGUAGUAUAUGUUUGAUUACCUGGGCUGCUUGGUUAAGACGUGAUUACCCUGAUUUCCUUUCUGUAUCUGCUGCUUUGAUUGCUGUUAUUAGUGUUAUUGUUGCCUUUGUUCCCGAAGGUAUGCCUAUUGCCGUCACUUUAUGUCUUACUUUGAUUGCCAACCGUAUGAAGAAAAACAAUGUAUUAUGUAAAGUAUUGACUACUGUAGAGACUUUGGGUAGUGUGAAUGUCUUGUGUUCUGAUAAGACGGGUACUUUGACCGAAAACAAAAUGUUUGUAUCCAAUGCAAGUGUCGCCUCAGAAGAGUUUACUUCAGCUGUCUGUAGAGAGAUCUUUUCAUCAAACAAUAAGGCUACGGAUGGUAUGAUUCCUCUAUUACGUCAUGUCCAAUUGGCUUCAGCUUUGUGUAACGGUUCCUCCUUCGAUUCUACCACUUCACACCUCGAUAUCGCUCAUAGAACAGUGUUUGGUGAUGCUACUGAUUCUGCCAUCUUACGUUUUGCUGAGGGUAUGGAUCCUUCCAAGGCUACGGUUGAAACAAUGCGUGCUGACACCGAAAAGAUUUUUGAAAUUCCCUUCAACUCCAAGAAUAAGUGGAUGAUGUCUAUUAACCGUCCUCUUAAGGCUUCCAUGGCUUCCAAUCUUUCGACUUUGACCACUUCUGUUGGACUUAAAGAUUGGGUUUUAUUCUGUAAAGGUGCACCUGAUGUCAUUCUUAGCAAGUGUUCCAAGGUGUUAUGUUCUGACGGUACUGAGGAAGUACUCACACCAAAGCGUACCGAACUUUUAUUGAACCUUCAAACCAAAUGGGCUAGUGAGGGAAAACGUGUGCUACUUUUGACGCGUCGUGUAAUCAAGUCUGAUGAAACACCCGAGCAAACUGUUGCGGGUACUUCAAGUUUUGCUGCCUGGGCUACCAAGGUGAAUACCGAACUCACAAUUAUUGGUAUGGUUGCCAUUGUGGAUCCUCCUCGUCCUGAAAGUGCUGAAACAGUUUCUGUCUGUCGAGGUGCUGGUAUUCGUUUUUUCAUGGUCACCGGUGAUUUCCCUAUUACUGCUGCUGCUAUCGCUCGCGAAAUUGGUAUCUUUACAACCACGCAUCCUCACACCGUGGCUGAUUUGGAUUAUGCUAAGAAUAUUGCUGAUGUCGUCCCCUAUGUCCCCAAAACAUUUGGUCAGAUUAAGAAUGAUGUUGAAAGUUAUGGUGAUUCUGAUACGAGUAGCACAUUGAAUAAGGAAGGUGCUGCUGUUACGAGUCAAUUCAGCAAAUCUCUUUUAUUGUCCGGUGCUGAUUUAAUUACACUCAAUGAUACACAAUGGGAGCAGGUCUGCCAAUAUGAAGAAAUUGUGUUUGCUCGUACUUCCCCUGAUCAAAAGCUUCGUAUCAUCAAGGAAUUCCAGAAGCGUGAAAAUGUAGUUGCUAUGACUGGUGAUGGUGUGAACGAUGCUCCUUCUUUAAAGGCUGCUAAUGUUGGUAUUGCGAUGGGUGGUGGUAGUGAUGUUGCUAUUGAAGCUGCGGAUAUGAUUUUACUCGAUAAAUUCUCCAGUAUUAUCCCUGCUAUUGAAAAUGGUCGUCUUGUCUUUGAUAACUUGAAAAAGGUCAUUGUUUACUUGUUGCCUGCUGGUUCUUGGUCCGAGUUAUGGCCAGUACUUGUGAAUAUUUUCUUGGGUUGUCCUCAAACGUUGUCUUCAUUCCAGAUGAUUGUUAUUUGUGUGCUUACAGAUUUGGGACCUUCUAUGGCUCUCAUGAUGGAAAAACCUGAAGCUGGUCUCCUUAAUCGUCCACCCCGUCGUCCCAAACAUGAUCGUCUUGUCAAUGCUAAACUUCUUUUACAUGCUUAUGGUUUCAUUGGUAUUAUGGAAAUGGUUACCUCUCAUUUCGUCUUCUUCUUGUAUAUGGGAAUGAAUGGUCUUCCCCCAAGCAAGAUUUUCUUCUCUUUCUCCGAUCUGACAGCAAAAGAAGGUUACCAAGGUAUUCCAGCUGACGAAAUCACUAGAAUGGUCAAUACAGCCCAAUCUAUCUACUUUGUGAAUCUUGUUAUUUGUCAAUGGGGUAACGUUCUUUCUUCCAGAACUCGUCGACUUUCUAUCACUCAAGCCAAUCCUUUAUGGGGACCUAAUCAGAACUUGUACUUGUUUGCCGCUAUGAUAAUCUCUCUUGCUAUUACACUUAUUAUCCUGUAUGUUCCUGUCUUUAACGACGUUCUUUUCACUGCUCCUAUCCCUGUAGCAUUUUGGUUUAUUCCUUUUGGUUGGGCUGCUUUUAUUAUGGUCAUGGAUGAAUCCAGAAAAUUCAUUUCUCGAACUUACCCUAAUAGUUUGAUCGCAAAACUUUCCUGGUAA